GCAGGAGGUGGGCUCAUGAGUUGUGGUCCAAUUUUACUGGGGAUAGCUGUAUUUGUGAUGUAUGAUAGUUACCCCCUAGCACCCUACUAUUAGGAGAUUAUUCAGUCCACGUUCCUAUCGGUUUUAGCUACCACUGGUAGACGGAGACAUAUUUAGAUGUAUGCUUGUGGUAUUGUUUUCGUAGCUCACUACGCUUUAUGACAGUUAUGGUACUCAUCACUGCAUUCUCUACCAGAAAGUUGGUUGGCUCUCUUUGAUGUGACUUAGUUCGGUUGAUACAUUGCUAUUUUUUCAUUUAUAAAAGGAAGUCAUUUUACAAAAAAGUCCCACCGUACCUAACAUCAUUACUCAACUUUAGACAAAUGACUUGCUAUACACCCGGUCUCAGUGAUGGCUAACUCUGGAAAUUCCUUUGGUCUUUACGGAGUUAACUGAAAGCUGAUUUGCCUUUCUUUCACCGUAUUUGUGGAACAAUUUUCUAAAUGUGAUUACAUUUGAUGUUUUGGUGCAUCUAGGGCAAUUCAGAAAGUUAGCCGAUUGAGGAAAUUAUUACUGAUGAACGUGUUUGCUUGCAGUUUAUAUUUAUAUUUUGAUGCGUGUAAUUUAGGUCUCAUCUGUAAAAGAGAGCUCUGUCUCAGUUUGACUCCCUGAUAAAUAUAGAUAAAACUUAACUUUAUGUGACGUCUGAACUCCAGUCCGCCUACACUAGUCGCUGCUGCUCAACUCCAUUGUAAAUCGUGGAGUUGUUUUAGUCGGCUUGUUAGUGCAUCCAUAGCUACCUCAGCACGUCCACACAAGGCAGCGGGAGGCGAGGCGGAGUUGGCGGCAUUCAGAUGCAUCACGAUGUCAGCGGUGGCUCCCCUGCAGUAAGCAGACAAAGGUUAUGCUGCCCAAAAGCUGUCUGAGUCCAGGUGAGAAAGAAAAGGGCUAAAGCCACAUCGCUCCCUUACCCCGUUAGCUCUCCAGACAGAGCCACAGCACUUGCAUCCAUCCCACAGUGAAGAGGAGCCAUGAGCAACUCCAACACACCCAGCAAUGUCACUGACGCCAUGGAAUCAGUCAUCCACAACCCGGAGGCGCCGCCAGCCUCAACCCAGCAAGGGGCGCAGCGGGCGGAUGAGGAGGAUGAAGGGGACCUGAACAAAGCCCUGGGAGUCCAGAGGUUUCAGCAGAUCAUCAGCCCUGCCCCCAGGAUCCCUGACGAGCAGCACCGCACCUACAGCGAGGAGGACUUUGAGUACCACCGUCACUCCUCACACCACAUGCACCAUCCCCUGUCCAAGCUGCACUUCGAAGGGAGGAGGAAGAAGAGCGGCAAGAAGAAAAAGGAAAGCGACCGCAAGGACAAUUCAGGCCCCACCAGCAGCACCACUAUUGAGGAAGGAGAGGAUGAGGAAGAUAAUGAGGAAGAGGGUGGAGAGAGCCACACCCAUCUCUCUGAGACAUAUUGUGACACCGUCAAAGAAGAUGUACAGUUUUUUCUGUCAGAUGAAGAUCACCUGGCCACACCUACCACAGACAUACCCUGCCCUGCCCGAGGGCUGGAGGUUGUUCCCCAGUCUGCCGUGAGCACUGUCCCUGAAGAUGCCACCUCCACGGAAAAGCCCUGUCCGGCCUCGUCCAGCAGUGACCCAUCCGACCCCACCCCUCUUAUCCGCGUGGCCAGCCGCAGCUACGACCUGCAGGAGCGCCGGUGCACCGGCAACAUGACUGGCGCCGAGCAGGCUAAGUACGAGCGCAUCCCCACGGACGAGAGCGAGGCGCAGACACUGGCCUCCGCCGACCUGGAUGGGAUCAAAAGCCAUCGUUUUGAGGAUGUCCCUGGGGUACGGAGACACCUGGUCAGAAAGAGCACCAAAGGCCAAGUGGUGCAUGUCGGCAAGGACCACAAGGAGCCCUGCACACGCAGCCAAAAAAAGGACCGGACCCCACAUGAGGUGUUUGUGGAGCUGAACGAGCUUAUCAUGGAUAAGAACCAGGAGAUGCAGUGGCGGGAGACGGCCCGUUGGAUCAAGUUUGAGGAGGACGUGGAGGAGGAGACCGACCGCUGGGGCAAACCCCACGUGGCCUCGCUCUCCUUCCGCAGCCUGUUGGAGCUCCGCAAGACCAUCUCCCACGGGGCGGUGUUGUUGGACCUGGACCAGAAGACCUUGCCUGGCAUUGCCCACCAGGUGGUAGAGCAGAUGAUCAUCUCAGACCAGAUCAAGGCUGAGGACCGCGCAAAUGUGCUGCGAGCCCUGCUGCUCAAACACAGUCACCCAAGCGAUGAGAAGGAGCACAGCCACAACCCCUUCCCCAGGAACAUCUCGGCGGCCAGCCUGGGCAACCUGCUGCCCCAGCAACACAGCUCCAACCACAUCCACCAUCCAGAGCCCUCCGUCACAGACCCCCUCAUGGGCUCGGCCAGCACAGGGGAGCAGGAGACUCGUAUCGACAUGGAGAAGAACGACCUGCAGCAGAAGGAGUCUACUCCAAAUAUCGGCAUACACAGGUCGAAGUCCAAGCAUGAGCUCAAGCUGCUGGAGAAGAUUCCAGAGAAUGCUGAGGCCACUGUUGUCCUUGUGGGCAGCGUGGACUUCCUGGAGCAGCCCACCAUGGCCUUUGUGCGGCUGCAGGAGGCGGAGGAGCUAGACUCUGUCCUGGAGGUCCCAGUGCCAGUCAGGUUCAUCUUUGUCCUGCUGGGUCCCCCCAGCACCAACAUGGACUACCACCAAAUCGGACGCUCCAUCUCCACACUCAUGUCUGACAAGCACUUCCAUGAGUCGGCCUACCUGGCGGACGACCGCCAGGACCUGCUCAACGCCAUCAACGGCUUCCUGGACUGCAGCAUCGUUCUGCCCCCCUCCGAGAUGGGCGGUGAGGAGCUGCUACGCUCCGUGGCACGCUUCCAGAAGGAGAUGCUUCGCAAGAGGGAGGAGCAAGGAGCCCUGCUGGCCAAGGAGCCCAAGAGCCAGAAGGAAAAAGAGGCCCUCCUCUCGCCCGGGAAGCCGGGAGACGACCCCCUGCAGCGUACUGGACGCCCCUUCGGAGGCUUAAUCCGAGACGUGAAGCGCCGCUACCCAAAGUACGUGAGUGACUUCAAGGACGCGCUGAACGCCCAGUGCGCUGCGGCCAUCAUCUUCAUCUACUUCGCUGCCCUCUCCCCCGCCAUAACCUUCGGAGGCCUCCUGGGUGAGAAGACUGAGGGUCUGAUCGGUGUGUCUGAGCUGAUCGUGGCCACAGCUGUGCAGGGUGUUCUUUUCUGCCUCCUGGGGGCCCAGCCGCUCCUGGUGGUGGGCUUCUCCGGACCCCUGCUCGUCUUUGAAGAGGCCUUCUACUCUUUCUGUAAGGGGAACGGGAUAGAGUACCUGACGGGCCGGGUGUGGAUUGGCUUCUGGCUCAUCGUCAUCGUGGUGACGACAGUGGCCUUGGAAGGUAGCUUCCUGGUCCGCUUUGUCUCACGCUUCACCCAGGAGAUCUUCUCCUUCCUCAUCUCGCUCAUCUUCAUCUUCGAGACCUUCUCCAAGAUAGGCAAGAUUUUCAUGGAGCACCCACUGCAGCGCUGUUACCUUGACAACAGCACGGCGGAGAACGCAACGAUGGAGAAUAGCACCCUGGAGCUAUUGCUUGGCAACAGCACUAUUCCGGUGGUGUCGGUGAAGGUCCUAGGGGAACCCAACACAGCACUGCUCUCCCUUGUACUCAUGUCUGGAACCUUCUUCAUUGCAUUCUACCUGCGCAAGUUCAAAAACAGUGCCUUCUUCCCUGGCAAGCUCCGUAGGAUUAUUGGAGAUUUCGGGGUCCCCAUAGCCAUCCUCAUCAUGGUCCUAGUGGACUACAGUAUACGUGACACUUACACACAGAAACUGAGCGUGCCCAGUGGCUUCUCUGUGACCAGUCCUGAGAAGCGUGGCUGGGUGAUCAACCCACUAGGCAUGUACACCCCGUUCCCCAUCUGGAUGAUGUUUGGCAGUGUGCUGCCCGCCCUGCUGGUCUUCAUCCUCAUCUUCAUGGAGACACAGAUCACCACUCUGAUAGUGAGUAAAAAGGAGCGGAUGCUGGUGAAGGGUUCUGGCUUCCACCUGGACCUGCUGGUGAUCGUAGUGCUGGGCGGCACCUCUGCCCUGUUCGGCCUGCCCUGGAUGGCCGCUGCCACUGUGCGCUCCGUAACGCACGCCAACGCCCUCACUGUCAUGAGUAAGGCGGUCGCCCCCGGCGACAAGCCCCGCAUCCAGGAGGUCAAGGAGCAGCGGGUUACAGGGUUGCUGGUGGCCAUCUUAGUAGGCCUUUCCAUUGUGAUCGGAGACCUGCUGCGUCAGAUCCCCAUUGCUGUGCUGUUUGGCAUCUUCCUCUACAUGGGCGUGAUGUCACUCAAUGGAAUCCAGUUCACCGAGCGCCUAAUGUUACUGCUGAUGCCCCCCAAGUACCAUCCUGACCACACCUACGUCCGCAAGGUGAAAACGCUGCGGAUGCACCUGUACACACUGAUCCAGCUGGUGUGUCUGGCGGCGCUGUGGGCCGUCAUGUCAACCGUGGCCUCUCUGGCUUUCCCUUUCGUCCUCAUCCUCACCGUCCCCGUCAAGAUGUUCCUGUUGUCGCGCAUCUUCACCACCCGUGAGAUGCAGUGUCUGGAUGCUGAUGACGCAGAGCCCGUCUUUGACGAGAGAGAGGUCCAUGAUGAAUACUCAGAGAUGCACAUGCCUGUGUGACCCACACCAUAAUAUACCUACCAACCACUGUAUUAUUCUGUGUCCACACCAUUCUGCCAAUCAAUCAACCAGCCAAUGAAAUGCCUGCACUGUUGGUACUGGUUUCCAUUGCUUUAACCACACCUGACCAAAGGGUUAAGAUGUCGCAUGCAGGCUUUGGUCUUCUGAGACCCAGCUCUGUCAUGGAGGGGUUUAAGAUCACUCAUAACCCCCUGUCAAUCUCAUUCACUGGGACAGAGUUCAAUUGAGUGACAUAAGUAGAUUCAACGUUCAGGUGUUCUCAUGAUGACACACCGCUGGAAAUGGGGACACAUUAUAAGGGGGAACUUCCUGUCCUAUGAAGGGGUUAGGGGUUGUAACCCUUCAGAGAGCACUUUGUGGCAUUAGGUAUGAAUACAGACUGAAAGGUCCAAUCGGUUCAGCAUAUUUAUUUUGUUCAUCAUCCAUGUUUCAGGGGUUCAAAUCCAGUUGUGUGUUUAUAGAUGUGUAUUUUCAAGGUUUAUUCCAGUGACCGUGUAUGGUAGGUAGUUUAGUACACAAUGAUUCAUUUUUCAACCCUGACAGGUUGUGCUGAUUCACAUUGAAUGUGCGGAGGAUUAUAUAUGGGAUACAUUCCUUGAGUCAAUAUAUUUAACAUAUUGUGCUUUCACUUUGUAUGUUUAGCUCUUUUAGCUCACUAAGCGCCUUAUGAAGGACAUGAUGGCUGGACAGAGAAACCUAAUUAUGUUGCUUUUGUUUUUAACAGCUGUUCCUUCAAGAGCACCUCUAAGCCCUCUGCACUUUUUAAGGCAUAAUAUUGAAUGUUUUAUAUUUUACUUAGUGUCUAUCAAACACUAUGCUGUGUAUUUUUGUAUAAAAAAAAUGUAAGAUGCCUUAGAUUUUUCUCUCCCGGCAAUUCCAUUAGCUAAAAAGGAAGGCGUGUGAAUUUAUGUUUCCAAACGAUUGCAAAGGGGACACAAACUGCUCCAACCUCAGACUGAUAUUAAGGUAGUGUUAGCCCGGUGGUUUUACCAAUAGUCAUUACAACACUGCUCAGCAAUCACAGCAGUCUUGUGAAGUCGUGAUGAAAUGAAAUGUGCGUAUGUUAUUGUGUCGUUUAUUUCCUUUCAUCCAUUCAUCAUCCUCCUCUAGUGUUUAUGCUGCCAUUGUGGUGGCUAAAGUUUACCAGCAGAGGGAGACGAAAUGUAACCAAAGUACACAUUGUAGUACCAAAUGAUUUUAAAGUACUGAAUGUGAAAUAACUCCCCAACCAUUUCUUUUUCGUUAGCAUUUCCUCCAUAAAAGCUGAAAUGGGAUCACAUCUCUAAAGUGCUCCACAAUCUCAAGACCUUUCUGAAGUACUGUCUAUAUACACUAAACAUCGUGAUACUUUCGCCAAGUACAGUAAACUUCUUGUAGUAUUGUUCUAAUAAGGACUAAAUAUGUGAAACUAAACAGCUCAUCUAAAGUAUAUCCUGCUGAAUUCCUUUCUGAAAGUUAUCGACAUGCAUCUAUUGGGCUCACCUUCACCUUUUGCAUUCUCACUGUGUAUGUUAAAGUGGUCUACCUACCAGCAUAAAGCUAGUCAGUAUUUUUUUGGGGGGGGGCACUAAUCUAUUUGUAUUUUCCUGUGUGUGAGUGGUUUUAUUUCUUACCAAAUCUCGGCCAUUUAAAACGUUUCAAGUUUGGUCAGAACUAUCAAAUGUGGGUGUUAUCGCACCUGUUACUUGCCACCAGGUUUAUGAUGUUUCCGAGAUGGGCAAAGUGGUUCAGCGGGUCAAGACCAUUCUCUCACAACAUUCCAUUUUAAUUAUUUUUUUUUUAUUUCAGGUAGUAUUAGUGAUUAUUAUAAAAAUUAUCCAAAGUUUUUAGAUAGAAGCAAAUGCCUUGUCUAAAAUUCCUAAAUGAUACUGUCGACGAAAUUUCUGUGUAGGCAACCUCCUUAGUGUCACCCAUGCCAGGGUAAUCUCUUGUGGAAAGACUACGUAAACAUAAAUCGUAGAUCUAUCAUGAUAGAACUGGAUGUGUGAGAUCUGCAGCAUUAGUUCCAGUGCUUGGGUUUUUUGUCACUGGUUAUUUGGACAAAUCCUGAUUUUUGCAAGGCGCAUAUUUCGGAUGGAGCAGGGACUUUUGGCUCAUAUACUUGCCUGUAACUUGCAAAGAGAAAGGGUAGAGUUCUUUUGUUUUCGGUUCUGAUCCUCGUUCUAUCUCUUCUCUUAACACUUAUGGACCCAGAUCUUAAUUGAACAUCUGACCAAUUACGCACGACUUAAGUUCUGGGUUUACUAAGAUUGAUGCCAGGGGAAUGGCUUGAAGCCUUUUUAAAGAUGUUGUUUCUAAUAUAUACAGAUGUCUGGAGUUAGACCUAUGAAUAUACUUUUUUUUUACCUGAAAUGCAGUCAUUGAUUGAAGACUGGACCUCAUGUCUGUCUUUUGUUCUUUCUUGCCUCUUUAUUGUUUCUCAAGCAAGGGGGAGGCCGAAGACCUCACUAAUCCCCUUCAGACCAACUCCUUAACCUUUUUUUUUUAAUCCUUUAGUGUGUGUACUUUACUGUAUUUAUACUUGGGAUAUUGCCUUUCAACAGUAAAAGUUCAAAAAUGUCUCUUUCUGUGCACCUCAACUAAGCUAUACUUGGCUUCAUAUUCCCACGGUCUAUGGCUACAGGCAGCCCAACUCUGAUCUUUUGUUCAACUAUUGGCAAAAAAGCUGAUCUGAUUGGUCAAAAGACCAAUAAGUGGAAAAAAUAUCAGAAUCCGGCUGCCGGUGUAAACGCAUUCGAAGUCCUUUAUUUGUGCCUGAAUUGAUCUACAGCUGCACGUGAAUGUAUAUGAUGUAUACGAUAUGUGAUUGUGACACUCAGAGUAGGAGUGAUGAUGGGAUCAGAUUUCCAUUUUAGAUCCUACUGAAUAAGAUAUGAACAGAGGGGAUCUGAUCCUAGCACUCCUACUCACUCUUCAUGAAUACAGGUCCUGAUCCCCCACAUGUAUUGCAAUGUGGCACUAUGUGUUUUGAGUGCUUGAAGGGUGUUGUGCAGAUGUUUUGAAAGAUGUUGCAGUAAUUGAUGACCAUGGACAAAAUGGUGGUGUGCAAAAUAAGUUGUUUUGUUUUUUUAAUGGAAAACGGUAUGGAUGGAGGGAAUGUGUUCUGUACAUGAUUGUCAGUGCCCAAGGAAACAUUGCUAUAAUGCAGUUCCAUUUUAAAAGAAAAACAAAGCAUUCUGGGUGUUCAUUGCUUAUGUUCAGUGUACAUACACUACCGGUCAAAAGUUUUAGAACACCUACUCAUUCAAGUGUUUUUCAAGUUAUCUUUAUUUUCACUAUUUUCUACAUUGUAGAAUAAUAGUGAAGACAUCAAAACUAUGAAGUAACAUGUGGAAUCAUAUACUAACCAAAAGUGUUAAACAAAUCAAAAGAUUUGUCAAAUAGCCACCCAUUGCCUUGAUGACAGCUUUACACACUCUUGGCAUUCUCUCAACCAGCUAUACCUGGAAUGCUUUUCCAACAGUCUUGAAGGGGUUCCCACAUGCUGAGCACUUGUUGGCUGCUUUUCCAUUCACUCUGCUCCGACUCAUCCCAAACUAUCUCAAUUUGGUUGAGGUCGGGGGAUUGUGGAGGCCAGGUCAUCUGAUGCAUCACUCUCCUUCUUGGUCAAAUAGUGCCUACACAGCCUGGAAGUGUGUUGGGUCAUUGUCCUGUUGAAAAACAAAUGAUCGUCCAACUAAGAUGGAAUGGUGUAUUGCUGCAGAAAUGUAUUUUGAUCUAACACUUUUUUGGUUACUACAUGAUUCCAUAUGUGUUAUUUCAUAGUUUAGUAAAAAAUAAAAAAAAAUAAAAAAACUUGAACUUUUGACCUGUAGUGUAAAUAGUUAAAAUAUUGAUGACAAAUAAAUAAAGACCAAUUUCGAUUAAACAUCA